AUGUCCACCACAGAAGCUUCCCGCCGCACCCGUGCAUCAAAUGCAAUGGCCCGACCUGGCAAAAUAGUGCUUGAUGCGCAGACCAAGAGGCGCACCAAGGCACAGAAGGCCGCUGAUGAUCUUGCCAUCAAAGAAGCAAGAGAAGCUAAAGAAGCACUGGUGCAAAAGGGAGUUGAGCGCCUGGCUAAUAUGCAGGUUGAGAUGGAGAAGGUACAAAAGGAACUACUCACCAACAAGGCGGCUCCCAUUCGGCCCAAGCCAAAGGCUCGAAAGGCUCGAAAGUGUGCUGUAAAGAGUGGUGACGACACUAACGGUACAUUAGAUGACGCACCAGAGGAUGAUGUGGCAGAGGAUGCUACUGAGGCUGCGGACCAUGGAACCUCGGGCAAAGGGAAGAAGGCUGGAAAGAAGAGUGGAAAGACGUUGAUCAGAGAUGCUAUCAGUAACGUGCAAAAGAAGAUCAGCGAAUCAUCAUUGAAUGCGGAAGGUGAUAACGCCAACGAUAUCGAUAAGGCACGUGUUGAUGGAAAAGGCUCCACGCCAUCAACCAUCAAUGCGGCCACUCACAAAUUCGCGUUAGGUGGGCGAGUGACCAAUUGGGUCUCAGGAGUCAGGCCGGGAAAAUCAGAGCCAACAUCCCGCCAAUCCAGCGCUUCAACUCGGGCACCUCCAACAUCAAUUUUCUCGGAUGAUGCUGCUUCCUCUGCGGCAACUUCGGCUGCUCAGCCUCAGAUUCAGGUUCCCGCAGCCCCAGCUAAAAUUGCUGAUGGCAUCCCAGAAGAUGAUGUCCUUACUGGUAGCUUUGCAGAUGAGAUCGACGAUUCCUUGGAGCGUGAGGCUGCUUGCCUGGAAAGCAAGCAAAAUAAGGGGAAAUCUAAGGUAGCCUCAAUUUUUGAAGAGGACUCGGACUUCGAAGGGCCCAAGGCUCCGUUCACGCAAAUACCACCAAUCGUAUUCGACUCGGACGAUGAGGUUAUGGCUCCCUUCACACAGCAGGUCCACGAUCACAUGGCCACAUCGCCCCUCAAGAGGAAAGCGAGUGCAGAUUCUGUCUUAGACAGUGACGCCGAGUCCCAUUGGUCCAUGGAUAUCGACCGCGAUGACGUGGUGGAACUUUCUGACGACUUGAUUGAGGACUAUGACAGCGAACCAGAGCCCGAACCUAUUGUAGUUAAGAAGGAGAAAAAGCAGCGUUUGACGACUUCGACAUCUGCGACCACCACCACUGACGACAACAAGCCACCUGCUGCUAAGAAGGUCAAGGUUGAAUUUUCUGGCACCACACUUGCCCAUGGCGCUCAGGCUCCUGCUAAAAAACGCAGGCAGAACGUGGAUACUGCACCAGAGCACAUGAAAUCACGCGGCGCGUAUCGCACAUCCGACUUGCCUCCAGCUAUGCAAGCAGACCAGCGCUGGACGAAAAAAUUCAUUCCUACCAUAAUGAUGUGGGCCGGUAGUUAUGACGACAUUUGGAGCAUUCCGGACGACGUUCUCCUCCAUCACGUCCAGCUUGUUUUCGAUGUGGUCUAUCCUGAACUCAAGAUUGUUAUAGUUCACGGCGGUGUGAUACAUCUACUUACUGCUCAGCGCAUAUCAGAAUGGCGCAGUAACUUCGGUUCAACGGGCAUCGUUAUAAUCAUCGACUUCUUGGCACGCAAUUCUGACUGCGAUUCAAGCACACUCGCGUCCUCCCUUCUCGCCAGCUGGGCAUUCUUAUACGAGGACCCUGACAAUAUCAAUCCCCUCACAGCUUACCGUUCGCCAUUUAUACUACAGCUGUAUGGUAGAGCACACCUCAACGCCAUCAGCGGUCAUGUGGUGAUUCCCUCCCUCGACAUGCAAGCACUUGACACGAUGGGGAUGUCACGCGUUCUUGCUCUAUCUGCGGCGGCGCUCGAGCGCGCUCUCGGAAUGAUCGCACGCAAGGAACUCAAGGUUCAAGAUAUCCUGCUGUCGGCGUCGCGAGGAAAAUUCACAAUCAAGCUACCAAAGGUUCUCAACAAGGCUACGGGGAAGAAGACCAACGCGCCAUUCUUAUUUUCAGCGGCUCGCUGGUCCAAAGCCACCAACUCCUACAUCAAGUCAAUUCUUAGCAAGCCCACUGGCUAUGUAGAGGCCACGGUCAAGAUGGCACUCACUGCAUUACAGGACGUCAUCGAAACACCGGGCUCAUUCAUCGAGUGCGACGAGGACGAGGACGAGCGCGCCAUGAUUUUGAGAAAAGAGUGA